AUGCUGGAGACGUUUCUACUCUCUCAGCUGGACGACAACGACGACUCUUCGGACGACUCCUCUGCCUUCAUACAAGAAAGUGACAGGAUCCACGGAUUUACCUGUGCCACGGCAGUCUUCUACGCACCGAGCGACCUAGCCACGCCUGGCGGCAUGUCCAGCGAGAAGAUUCGAUGCACUCCGCGCUGGUGGAAAGAGCAUCCGCGUUACAACACAGUGCUUGUCAGCAUCGACGCGGACGGUGUUGGACUAGAUGGUAUGCUUGUGGCCCGUGUCCGCGCCUUCUUUUCGUUCAAAUACGGCGGUAAAAAAUAUCCCUGUGCCUUAGUAGAGUGGUUUGAGUACUGCGAAGAUCAUGUCGACGAUGUCACUGGUAUGUGGAUGGUGCAGCCAGAACUCCACGAUGAUGGCAAUCGGGUAACCAGCAUUAUCUCCGUCGACUCGAUAGUACGAGCUUGUCAUUUGAUCGGAGUGUAUGGGGACGUCGACCUUCAGGCAGAGGACUUCCAUUAUUCGUUAUCAUUGGACAUUUUUUCGCUGUUUUAUGUUAACUGGUACAUAGACUAUCACGCCCACGAAGUAAUAUGUUAG